CAUCGUGACCUGGGUGGAGGCCCCAAGCAUCGUGACCUGGGCGGAGGCCCCAAGCAUCGUGACCUGGGCGGCGGCCCCAAGCAUCGUGGCCUGUGGGGAGGCCCCAAGCAUCGUGGCCUGGGCGGAGGCCCCAAGGAUCGUGGCCUGUGGGGAGGCCCCAAGCAUCGUGGCCUGGGCGGAGGCCCCAAGCAUCGUGGCCUGUGGGGAGGCCCCAAGCAUCGUGGCCUGUGGGGAGGCCCCAAGCAUCGUGGCCUGGGGGGAGGCCCCAAGCAUCGUGGCCUGGGCGGCGGCCCCAAGCAUCGUGGCCUGUGGGGAGGCCCCAAGCAUCGUGGCCUGUGGGGAGGCCCCAAGCAUCGUGGCCUGGGCGGAGGCCCCAAGCAUCGUGGCCUGGGCGGAGGCCCCAAGCAUCGUGGCCUGGGCGGAGGCCCCAAGCAUCGUGGCCUGGGCGGAGGCCCCAAGCAUUGUGGCCUGGGCGGAGGCCCCAAGCAUCGUGGCCUGGGCGGAGGCCCCAAGCAUCGUGGCCUGUGGGGAGGCCCCAAGCAUCGUGGCCUGGGCGGAGGCCCCAAGGAUCGUGACCUGGGCGGAGGCCCCAAGCAUCGUGGCCUGGGCGGAGGCCCCAAGCAUCGUGGCCUGGGCGGAGGCCCCAAGCAUCGUGGCCUGCCCAAGGAUCGUGGCCUGGGCGGAGGCCCCAAGGAUCGUGACCUGGGCGGAGGCCCCAAGCAUCGUGGCCUGUGGGGAGGCCCCAAGCAUCGUGGCCUGGGCGGAGGCCCCAAGGAUCGUGACCUGGGCGGAGGCCCGAAGGAUCGUGGCCUGGGCGGAGGCCCCAAGCAUCGUGGCCUGGGCGGAGGCCCCAAGCAUCGUGGCCUGGGCGGAGGCCCCAAGCAUCGUGGCCUGGGCGGAGGCCCCAAGCAUCGUGGCCUGGGCGGAGGCCCCAAGGAUCGUGACCUGGGCGAAGCAUCGUGGCCUGGCGGAGGCCCCAAGCAUCGUGGCCUGGGCGGAGGCCCCAAGCAUCGUGGCCUGGGCGGAGGCCCCAAGCAUCGUGGCCUGGGCGGAGGCCCCAAGGAUCGUGACCUGGGCGAAGGCCCCAAGCAUCGUGGCCUGUGGGGAGACCCCAAGCAUCGUGGCCUGGGGGGAGUCCCCAAGGAUCGUGACCUGGGCGAAGGCCCCAAGCAUCGUGGCCUGGGGGGAGUCCCCAAGGAUCGUGACCUGGGCGAAGGCCCCAAGCAUCGUGGCCUGGGGGGAGUCCCCAAGGAUCGUGACCUGGGCGAAGGCCCCAAGCAUCGUGGCCUGGGGGGAGUCCCCAAGGAUCGUGGCCUGGGCGGAGGCCCCAAGCAUUGUGGCCUGGGCGGAGGCCCCAAGGAUCGUGGCCUGGGCGGAGGCCCCAAGGAUCGUGGCCUGAGCGGAGGCCCCAAGCAUCGUGGCCUGGGCGGAGGCCCCAAGGAUCGUGGCCUGGGCGGAGGCCCCAAGCAUCGUGGCCUGGGCGGAGGCCCCAAGGAUCGUGGCCUGGGCGGAGGCCCCAAGGAUCGUGGCCUGAGCGGAGGCCCCAAGCAUCGUGGCCUGGGCGGAGGCCCCAAGGAUCGUGGCCUGAGCGGAGGCCCCAAGCAUCGUGGCCUGGGCGGAGGCCCCAAGGAUCGUGGCCUGGGCGGAGGCCCCAAGGAUCGUGGCCUGAGCGGAGGCCCCAAGCAUCGUGGCCUGGGCGGAGGCCCCAAGCAUUGUGGCCUGGGCGAAGGCCCCAAGCAUCGUGGCCUGGGCGGAGAUCCCAGCUGCGUGUCAAGACAUGUUUCCAGCUUUUCACUGACAAGCAUCGUCACUGAUGUUGGAGAAGGACUUCGUUGUGCAGCAGGUUUGGGAGAACUGCAAAAGUGCCUUUCCUAA